UGACUAACUUUAUAGUGAAUGCAAAGGGAGGACGUAUUUGAUGCCGAAGUAUUGGUUCUUGAAAAAUCGAAGAGAAAGUUGGAGUCCCGAUAUGCUCCUUUUGCUGGUGCUUUUUCUGGUAUUCUUUCUGCGUUUGCCACACACCCAUUAGAUGUUGUGAAAACUAGGCUACAAGUUUGUAUUGGCAAAGUUUUAUUUGCAGCUUACUUACCUUGGAAACAGGUGCAGUUUGGCAGACCAAGGUCACAGUCACUAAAGUAUUAUGGAACUUUUCAGUCCUUGGCGGUUAUUUGGAAGGAGGAAGGAAUAAGAGGAUUAUGGCAGGGAAUCACUCCAACUAUUGCAGGUCUCAUUCCCACCCAAACAAUCUUUUUUGCGGUAUAUACUUCCUUAAAAAGCACGUCAAUAAUCCAAUGGAGUGAAUGGUUUCCUAUUUGGUGCAAUUCUCCUGUCAUGGUACAUGCCUCUUCUGCAGCUACAGCUUGGCUAGUAACCAGUGUGGUGACCAAUCCACUUUGGGUAGUAAAAGUUCGUAUGCAGACACAACGAUAUACUGGUAAUCAAACUAGAAAAUAUGAUGGUUUGUUGCGUUCUUUUCAAGUGAUAUUGAAAGAGGAAGGAAUAUGUGGUUUAUAUCGAGGAACUUUUGCUGCUAUGCUUGGUGCUUUUGGUAAGUUUUUGUUCUCAAGUGAGAAAAUGGAAUAUCCAAUGCCAUCUUUAGGAGCUAUGGUACAGUUUCCCAUAUAUGAAGCUAUUAAGAAUACAAGUGAUUCCCCUAUGCACUAUGAGAAUCACCAGCUUCGUGAUAGGGUCUUGUCUCCCAAUCUAUCUAGAAUUGCAGUAGCGAGUGGGUUAUCUUCGUUGUUAUCAUCGAUAACUAUUUAUCCACUUGAAGUGAUUCGUAGUAGAAUUCAAGUACAAAAUGCUCAAACCAAAAAUGGCUAUCGUGGAAUUAUGGAUUGCAUUUCAAGAAUGUUGCGACAAGAAGGAUUAUUGGCAUUUUACAAGGGAAUGGGUACAAGUCUUAUUCGAACAGUUCCUAAUGGAAUUAUUGCACUAUCGAGUUAUGAAAUGGGUCUUCGAUUGGUUCAUCAAGUCAAUCUCUACUGGAAUGCACUUUAUGAUUGAAACAAAACCAGAAGAGAGAAUCGAAUGGGAACUGUUCAUACAUACAUACAUACAUACAUACAUACA